AUGGAUGCAGGUGAUCUUUACAAAGCGAGCAGCAGCAUUAGAUCAAACAGCUCCAACAUAUGGAGAAACACGGGCAUGGAGGCCUUCUCACGCUCUGCGCGCGAAGAAGACGACGACGAAGAGGCCUUAAAAUGGGCCGCACUCGAAAAGCUACCCACUUUCGAUCGUCUGAGGAAAGGGCUUUUGUUCGGGUCGAAAGGUGCCGACGAGGUAGAUGUUCGUAGUCUCGGGUUCGAAGACAAGAGGACUUUGAUCCAGAGGCUGGUUAAUACUGUGGAAGAAGAUAAUGAGAAGUUUUUGUUGAAGCUAAGAGACAGAAUUGAUAGAGUGGGGAUUGAUAUGCCAACAAUUGAAGUGAGAUAUGAUCAUCUUAACAUUAGUGCAGAAGCCUACAGUGCUAGCAGGGCUCUGCCUACUUUUCUCAAUUUCAACCUCAAUCUUGUUGAGGGAAUAUUGAACAAUCUGCAUAUACUUCCAAGCAGAAAAAAGCCAUUCACAAUCCUAAAGAAUGUGAGUGGGAUCAUAAAACCCUGCAGGAUGACUCUGCUCUUAGGCCCUCCGAGCUCUGGCAAAACUACCCUUUUGUUAGCUCUUGCCGGGAAGCUCGAUCACACGCUUAAAGUUUCGGGUAAUGUGACGUAUAAUGGACACGGAAUGCAAGAGUUUGUACCCCAACGAACCGCGACGUACAUUAGCCAACACGAUCUGCAUAUCGGCGAAAUGACUGUCAGAGAAACUUUAGCAUUUUCUGCUAGAUGCCAGGGUGUUGGCUCUCGAUACGAAAUGCUGGCAGAGCUGUCAAGGAGAGAGAAAGCCGCAAACAUCAAACCAGAUUCUGAUAUUGAUAUAUUCAUGAAGGUAAAACUAAAUAAAUGCAUAAUAAUAAAAUAUAUUAGCAUUCAUGUUCAUAUAUUGUAUUGGUCAAUGCACACUAUUUGCCGGCAAAUGCAGGCGGUGGCCACUGAAGGAGACGACGCGAAUGUCGUCACAGAUUACGUCCUUAAAGUUUUGGGCCUUGAUAUUUGUGCCGACACUUUGGUCGGAGAUGAGAACAUAAGGGGAAUCUCCGGCGGGCAGAAAAAGCGUGUCACAACUGGAGAAAUGAUUGUUGGGCCAGCAAAAGCACUCUUCAUGGAUGAGAUAUCCACGAGGCUCGAUAGCUCGACUACUUACCAAAUAGUGAACAUUUUGAGACAACAAGUCCACAUAAUGAAGGGCACUGCUUUCAUCUCCCUCUUGCAGCCGGCACCCGAGACGUACGACCUGUUUGACGACAUAGUCCUCUUGUCCGAUGGACAGAUCGUCUAUCAGGGCCCUCGUGAACAAGUGCUCAAUUUUUUCGAGUCAAUGGGCUUCAAAUGCCCACAAAGAAAAGGAGUGGCUGAUUUCCUACAAGAAGUGACGUCAAAGAAAGACCAGGCGCAAUACUGGGCACGUAAAAACGAGCCUUACAGAUUCAUUUCAGUUAGCGAAUUUGCAGAGGCCUUUCAGUCGUCUCCCGUCGGCCGAACGCUCGGGGACGAGCUGGCGACUCCAUUUGAUAAGAAGAAAAGCCAUCCAGCCGCUUUGACAACGAAAAAGUUCGGCUUGGGGAAAAGGGAACUCCUCAAGGCAUGCACUGAAAGAGAAAUCUUGUUGAUGAAGAGAAACUCGUUCGUCUUCAUCUUCAAGAUCUUCCAGAUUACUAUGGUGUCCCUUAUUGCAAUGUCGGUCUUCUUUCGAACGGAGAUGAAAAAAGACACGGUAGGAGAUGGUGGCAUAUAUACGGGAGCUCUAUUUUUCGCAGUUAUUAUGAUUAUGUUCAACGGUAUGUCAGAGCUAGCGAUGACAAUUUAUAAACUUCCGGUAUUUUACAAGCAACGGGACAUGUUCUUCUUCCCCGCAUGGGCUUACGGUCUCCCGUCGUGGCUGUUGAAAAUACCCGUCACAUUCAUUGAGGUUGCCAUAUGGACAUCCCUCACUUAUUACACCAUAGGAUUAGAUCCUAACAUAACAAGGUUUGCAAAGCAUUAUCUGCUGCUUUUAUUCGUUAGCCAAUCGGCUUUAUCAUUGUUCCGCUUUAUUGGGGCGGCUGGGAGGAACAUGGUCAUUGCAAACACGUUCGGCUUGUUUGCUCUCCUGUUGCUGUUUGCGUUAGGUGGCUUUGUACUGUCAAGAAACGAUGUGAAGGGAUGGUGGAUAUGGGGCUACUGGUCCUCAUCUUUGAUGUAUGCUCAGAAUGCGAUUCUUGCAAACGAGUUUACAGCGCACAGCUGGAGCAAAUUAGUAAACGGGACCAAGUUGGGGACCCUCACGAUGGUGUCUCGUGGGUUUUUCCCUGAAGCAUACUGGUAUUGGCUAGGGCUUGGGGCCGUGGUUGGAUUUAUAUUCCUAUACAACAUCCUUUUCAUCAUUUCUCUUGCAUUUCUCGACCCUUAUGAGAAGAAGCCUCAGGCCGUACUACCGCAAGAAAAUGAAGAGGAGCCUGAGAGGGGCAGUUCAGUGUCGUCCCGACAUUCGGAUACCAUCGAGCCAGUUGAGAAUAAAAAAAGGGGAAUGAUACUUCCAUUUGAGCCACACUCGAUCACGUUCGAUGACAUCAGGUACUCGGUUGACAUGCCGGCCGAAAUGAAAGCCCAAGGAGCCACUGAGGACAAAUUGGAACUUCUCAAGGGCGUGAGUGGGGCUUUCAGGCCCGGAGUUCUUACAGCAUUGAUGGGUGUGAGUGGGGCUGGGAAGACAACCCUGAUGGACGUGUUAGCCGGGAGAAAAACCGGAGGAUAUAUUGACGGGAACAUCACUAUAUCUGGAUACCCAAAGAACCAAGCCACAUUUGCUCGGAUUUCAGGUUACUGUGAGCAAAAUGACAUCCACUCACCAAAUGUCACCGUGUAUGAGUCGCUUGUAUACUCAGCCUGGUUGAGGUUGUCGCGUGAUAUUGAUGCGCAGACUAGAAAGGUGUUUGUUGAAGAAGUGAUGGAACUUGUGGAGCUCACCCCAUUGAGGGGAGCGCUAGUCGGGUUACUGGGGGUGAAUGGGCUCUCGACCGAGCAGAGAAAGAGGCUCACGAUAGCGGUCGAGCUCGUGGCCAAUCCAUCCAUCAUAUUCAUGGACGAGCCGACAUCGGGGCUCGAUGCUAGAGCUGCUGCUAUAGUUAUGAGGACUGUUAGGAACACGGUGGACACGGGGAGAACUGUCGUGUGCACCAUUCACCAGCCGAGCAUUGACAUAUUCGAAGCGUUUGAUGAGUUGUUUCUGAUGAAACGUGGAGGACAAGAGAUAUAUGUGGGGCCAUUGGGUCGACACUCGACCCAUUUGAUCAACUACUUUGAAGAAAUCGAAGGAGUGCAGAAGAUUAAGGAUGGCUACAAUCCGGCUACAUGGAUGCUGGAAGUUACUACUUCGGCACAAGAGCAACUCUUGGGCGUGGACUUCGCCGAACACUACAAGAAAUCGGAGUUAUACAUGAGAAACAAAUCUCUUAUCAAAGAAUUAUGCGUCCCGCGCCCUGGCACAAAAGAUCUUUAUUUCCCAACCCAAUAUUCACAGUCUUUUCUCACUCAAUGCACUGCUUGCCUGUGGAAACAACACUGGUCAUACUGGCGCAAUCCGCCUUACACGGCAGUCAGAUUCUUGUUCACAACCUUUAUAGCCCUUAUCUUUGGGACAAUGUUUUGGAAUCUUGGCUCAAAAUGGAAUACGCGACAAGAUCUCUUUAAUGCCAUGGGUUCUAUGUAUGCCGCCAUCAACUUCUUAGGUUUCCAAUAUGGCUCCACAGUACAGCCAGUUGUGGCCAUCGAAAGAACGGUCUUUUACAGAGAAAAAGCAGCAGGGAUGUAUUCGGCUUUACCAUACGCAUUCUCACAGUUCCUCAUUGAGAUCCCGUACGUGUUUGUUCAAUCCAUUGUGUACGGUGUGAUUGUCUACUCCAUGAUGGGGUUCGAUUGGACGGCCGAAAAGUUCUUCUGGUUCAUAUAUAUCUUGUUCACGUCAUUACUAUACUUUGUCCUCUAUGGCAUGAUGACUGUGGCCGUAACCCCUAACCACAAUGUUGCUGCCAUUAUCUCGUCUUUCUUUUACGGUCUAUGGAAUUUGUUCUCGGGAUUUAUCAUUCCACGACCAGAUGUGAUGGAGACAGGUGAGACAGUUGAAGAUUUCUUGAGGAACUACUUUGGGUUCAGGCACGAUAUGCUCGGGUUAGUUGCUGGCGUGCUCCUCGGAUUCGUUGUUUUGUUCACUUUCGUCUUUGCGUUCUCCAUCAAGACAUUCAACUUCCAGAGGAGAUGA